GAGUGAUGCUGAAUGGGAGUGAAGUGAUGUGAGGAUGGCUGGGUGGCUGCGGCUGCUGGUGGUGGGGUAAUUCGGGGAUGAAAGUAGUUCGAGACAGCAGUGUGUGAUUUGGAGCUCGUCAUCAUCUGAAGACACUCGGAGCACCUGGGGCUCGCGCCAGCGAUUAUACUGCAGAUGUGUGCGCUCCCCGCGAUGAGCGUCUCUCCUCUUUGCCGCCUCCCAGCGCGGCUCUGCUGUCACAGUCGUGUCCAAAUGGGGCUCAGCCAAGUCGUUGGGGUAUGAAACCCAAAUUUAAAGUUGGGCACUGGAUGAUGUCACUCUGUGCUGACGCUCAAUAUGCCCCUACGUUCAACAGGAACAGCCUGGAUGUUGAGUCCUGCUCACCUCCCACCCUGCCCAGAAAAGCCAUAUCCCGUUCCAGCUUUCAAUACAACAGAUAUGAAAUUCAGGUCCAAAGAGAAAUAUUUGUUUGACUAGGCUUAUCUUUAAUGUUGCACCAGCUGCUUAAUAUCAGUGGUUACAAGAUGGAUUAGAAUGUUUCAGCACAGUAGGUAUCAAUUGUAAAUUCUAUGCUUCUCUCUGUGCUUCUGCACAGGAUUUUAAUAUAUUGCCGGCAUAAUGGCUCAUUUGCCCGAGGCAUCAUCAUUCAAAUUAUGUUUUGACAAGACUUAAUGUGAACAUUACUCUAAUAGCUUUUAUGAGAAUGUCCUGAUGUCCUUUCUGUCCUGUAGAGAGCUUAACUAGGUGUGUGUUUUGGCCUUGCUGCACAGGACAGUAUUGAAUAUUAGUGUCACAUUGUACAGCUAAUAGUUCCUGUGUCUGACAAUAUGACCCCAACUUCAGUGACACAGAACUGCUCCAACUGCAGCCAAGUUUUACUGCCAGAGCUCAAUGUGGUCAAGGCUGUGGUUUUGGGCCUGGUUCUUGGCAUUUUCAUCAUGUUUGGAGUUGUUGGGAACAUCCUGGUAAUCCUGUCUGUGGUUUGUCAUCGACACCUACGCACAGUCACACAUUACUUUAUAGUUAACCUCGCAAUAGCGGACUUGCUCCUGAGCUCCACAGUGCUACCCUUCUCUGCCACCUUUGAAAUCCUGGAUCGUUGGGUUUUUGGACGAGUUUUUUGUAAUGUUUGGGCAGCUGUGGAUGUGCUCUGCUGCACAGCCUCCAUUAUGAGCCUCUGCGUGAUCUCUGUGGACCGCUACAUUGGAGUAAGUUACCCUCUGCGGUACCCAGCAAUAGUGACAAAACGCAGAGCUCUACUGGCUGUGAUGCUGCUGUGGGUGCUGUCGAUCAUAAUAUCUAUUGGACCUUUGUUUGGCUGGAAAGAGCCAGCACCAGAAGAUGAGUCCAUCUGCAAGAUCACAGAGGAACCAGGUUACGCGAUCUUCUCAGCUGUGGGCUCCUUCUACCUCCCUCUUGUCAUCAUACUAAUCAUGUACUGUAGGGUUUACGUGGUAGCUCACAGAGAGAGCCAGGGCCUGAAAGAAGGCCACAAGACGGAAAAGUCAGACUCAGAGCAAGUGAUUCUCAGGAUACACCGUGGAAACACAACCGCAUCAGAGGAUGAGGCUCUUCGCAGUCGCACACAUUUCGCACUGCGACUGCUCAAGUUCUCACGUGAAAAGAAGGCUGCCAAGACCUUAGGAAUCGUGGUUGGCUGCUUUGUGUUGUGCUGGUUGCCCUUUUUCUUGGUGCUGCCCAUUGGCUCCAUGUUCCCUGCAUAUAGACCUUCAGAUACUGUAUUCAAGAUCACCUUUUGGCUGGGUUAUUUCAACAGCUGCAUCAACCCCAUCAUCUACCCAUGUUCCAACCAGGAGUUUAAAAAAGCUUUCCAGAGUUUACUUGGAGUUCACUGUUUGAGAAUGACUCCAAGACCACAACACAUUCAUCUGAGUGCAAGUCAAAGUCAAACACAAGGUCACAGCCAAGCCCUCACUCUGAGCCUUGACAGCAGGGGGGCUCCCUGCAGACUUAGCCCCUCCUCCUCUAUAGCUCUCUCCAGAACUCCUUCCUCCAGGGACAGCAGGGAAUGGAAGGUCUUUUCUGGCGGUCCCAUCAGCAGUGGAUCCAAACAGGCUGAAACAAGCAGAGCCAAAGUGGCCAAACUCUGCAACAAAAGUCUCCACCGGACCUGCUGCUGCAUCCUCAGUGCUGGGACUUCCCCUCAAGAUCCUCCUCCUGUUGGAGACCUUCCCACCAUUAAGAUCCACCAACUGUCCCUGUCAGAAAAAGGAGAGCCUGUAUAACCACCAUACUCAUUCUUGUAUUAGUUAUUACUCUCCUUUGGGGCAAAGAUGAAAGCCUAUUUCAUUUUGUCUGUAUGAUUGAUGUUUGAUCUGAAUUUUGAGUAUCUCAGCUGGGAUAUCAUUCCUUUGCCUGCCAUGUUAAAUGCAUGGCUUCUAUUAAAACAACUUUUUAGUUUUGUUAACCUCUAUAUUGCAGAAUACAGCUUUGCAAAAGUUACAAUAAGGCAGUUUUUUUUUAUCAUAUUUGAGAAAGGAAAGAAAAGAAGCAGAAUUUGUGGUGGACCAACUAAGUAAAAGAUUUCUAAAUGUUUACAUAUUUUAUAUUACAGAAGAGCGGUAUAAAUAUGCCAAAGUAAGGAAAUUUAAUCUGUUGCAUGAUCUCUCAAACCAGCUAAAGAAUGCUGCUGCUCCUUUUGUCUCAGAAGUUUGCCAGAUACUGUUCCCAGUGUGAAAGUAAAUUUUGUGCACUACUUUAUGAACACCUAAUACCAGGAACCUUUGUUACUUCAGAGUCACUUACAAUAAAUUUGUAAGACAUAUUCCCAAAAAAGGAUUCAUGAGGAUUUUUUGGACUUCUGUUAAUAUUUCAUUGCUUUGUUCCU